CGCUGCCCCGCCUCUGGCUCCGCCUUCUCCCGGGUGGCGGGAAGUGCUGUCCUCGGAGAUGGUUCACCUCAUUGCCGUGAGGUCCUGCGCGCUGGUCUCCGGCAGGAAGGAACACGAGGCGAGGACAUCGAAUGAAGUAAAGUGCGAGUGGAAACUAGUGAAAUCAUAUGGUGCCAUAAACAGCCUCAGCAGAGGUGGAAUUAGGAAGCUCAGUGAAGCCUUCUUUACCCCAGGAACUCAGGAUCCACCACACCCAAGGAGCCAGGUCACAUUUCUCCUGUGGUUCUCAUCAGUUUGUGGAGUAUAGAUCAUCAAUAGAAAAACUCCCGGAGUUGUUCAAGAAAAAACAAAGUAAAAUUUCAGAAUAGCAGACAAAACUGACAACAGGCCAAAGAAGAAAGCGGUACGUACGCUUUAGGCAGUAGAGCGGAGCACUGGAGAAGACUGGCUUGUCUCCUGGCACACAUAUCCAGCCCCUGCUCAUGAUGUUGUCCGGGAUCGGUGUAUUUAGGGCUGGGGUCGCAUUGGUUUUGAUGUGUAGUUUUUCCAAGUCAGCCGAAGACUCCCUUCCAGAACUGAGUCCUGAGCAGUAUUUCAGCACACUGCAGCCAGGAAAAGCCUCCUUAGCUUAUUUUUGUCAAGUUGGUUCGCUAAGUAACUCUGUGUUUCUUGAAGAACUUAAAGAAGCUGUUAGACCUCUCCAGGAUCAUGGAAUUUCUGUCUCAAAGGUUAACUGUGUCCAAGAAGAAACAUCAAGGUAUUGUGGGCAAGAAGAGGGUUUGAUGAAAGCGUAUUUAUUCAGGGGCAGCAUACUGCUCAGAGAAUUCCCCACCGACACCUUAUUUGACGUGGACGCCAUUGUUGCACAUGUUCUCUUUGCUCUGCUUUUUAAUGAAGUAAAAUAUGUUACCAUCCUGGAAGACCUUCACAGCAUAGAAAACUCUCUGAAAGGAAAAGCAAAUAUGAUAUUCUCAUAUGUGGAAGCCAUCGGAACUCCAGAGCACAGAGCCGUCAUGGAAGCCGCUUUUGUGUAUGGGACCUCAUAUCAGUUUGCCUUGACCACAGAAGUUGCUCUUUUAGAGGAUAUUGGCUCUGAGGAUAUAGGGCGUGCACAUCUUUACUUUUGCCAUUGUGAGCUGGCCUUGGAUUUGACCGAGCGCUGCAGAAGAACACUAAUGGAACAGCCGUUGACCACACUGAAUAUUCACAUAUUUGUUAAGACAAUGAAAGCACCUCUGUUGAUGGAAGUAUCUGAAGAUCCUCAGCAAGUUUCAACCAUUCAUCUACAACUAGGGUUACCGCUGGUAUUUAUUAUCAGCCGACAAGCUACAUACAAAGCUGAUCGAAGAACUGCAGAAUGGGUGGCAUGGCGUCUUCUGGGGAAAGCCGGGGUUUUGCUCUUGUCAAGAGACUCCGUGGAUAUGAACAUUCCUCAGCAUGCUAAUGUGGCCUUCAGAAGAGCAGAGAAGGAAGUGCCUGUGGAAUUUCUGUCAUUAAAUGAUGCUGAUUUAAUAGUUUCCCAUGUGAAAAAUAAUAUGCACAUUGAAGAAAUCCAGGAAGAUGAAGAUGGAGAUGAGGAGGGCCCAGAUCUGGCUAUUCAAGAUGAUGAAGUGGCGGAGACUGUUUACAGAGAUAGGAAGAGACCAUUAUCUUUGGAGCUAACAGUGGAGUUAACACAGGAAACAUUUAACUCAACAGUCAUGACUUCAGACAGCAUAGUGCUCUUCUAUGCUACUUGGCAUGCAGUAUCCAUGGCAUUUCUGCAGUCCUAUAUUGAUGUGGCAAUUAAAUUGAAAGGCACAUCCACUAUCCUUCUCACUAGGAUAAACUGUGCAGAUUGGUCUGAUGUAUGUACGAGGCAAAAUGUCACUGCAUUUCCUGCGGUAAAGUUGUAUAAAGAAGGCGAGAGCCCGGUAUCUUAUACAGGCAUGUUGGGAACUAAAGAUCUCCUGAAGUUCAUUCAGAUAAACAGGAUUUCCUGCCCAGUGAAUAUAGCAUCCAUUCAAGAAGCAGACAAAUACUUACGUGGGGAGUUAUUUAAAGACCUGUUCAGUUUUACAAGUGUGUCAGUACUGGGGCUCUUUAGUCCAGCCAUGACAUCAGCAAAAGACCAUUUCAGGGAAGCGGGAAAGCAGCUGAGAGGCUCUGUCGUCACAGGAAUUUAUUCUGAGGAUGACGUUUGGAUACUGUCAAAUAAGUAUGGUGCACCUCUCCCAGCCAUGCUGCUGGCCAGACCCAGAGAAGGCAGAAUAGAGAGUGUCCCACUAGCCAGCACCCCAAUGCAAGACAUUGCUCAGAUCCUAGCAAAUGCACUACUGGAAGCAUUUCCAGAAAUCACUGUGGACAAUCUUCCCACAUAUUUAAGACUUCAGAGACCAUUGCUUAUCUUGUUCAGUGAUGGCAGCAUAAACCCUCAGUAUAGGAAUACAGUUCUGGCCCUGAUGAGACAGAAGCAGUUGGAUUCCUUUAUCCCUUGCUGGCUAAAUUUAAAGAAUACUCCAGUGGGGAAGGGAGUCUUGAAGGCAUAUUUUGGCUCUCUGCCCCCACUUCCUCAGCUGCUUUUGGUGAAUCUGCAUUCAGGAGGCCAAGUGUAUGCAUUUCCUUCACCUCAGUCUAUAACGGAACAAAACCUGAGAUUGUGGCUUAAAAAAUUGGAAGUGGGCCUAGAAAAUCCUAUCACAACUUUAUCUGCUCAGGAAUGGAAACCUCCUCUUCCAGCUUUUGAUUUUCUAAGUAUGAUGGAUGUUCCCAUGUCUCAGCCUCCCACAAAGAAAGUUCUGGAGUGUAUGAAAGAAAAGGGGGUGCAGGAGAGUGCUGAGCAGCCCCAGGGAGGUCCGUCAACAACCAGAAGAGGACCGGCUGAAGUGCUCAGAAUAAAGCACUGGAACAAGAGUAACUGGCCGAAGGAAGCAGAGGAGUCUUCGCUGCACCACAAGGAGUUAUGAUGGGACCUCCUGACCCCUCUCUGUGGCUCAAGAAACUCAAGGUUCAUUCUGUUAAGAAUAAUACUAACCCACGUCAAGUCUAGACAAGUGCCAUACAGUGGGUUGGGCUACAAAUAACAUACAUAAAGUUUCUUUUAGUAGCUACACUUUAAAACCGUAAGAUGAGCAGGUAAAAUGGAUUUAAAAUGUAUUUCAUCCGGUAAGUAAACUCAGAUAGCUUUAUAUAAAAAUGUCGAGAGAUUUACUUUUUUUCACAUGAAUUCUUCAAGAUACAGUGCAUUUUGUACUUAAUGCCAUUGCUCACUAUAGAGAGCUGUGUUUCGAGUGCUUGUUUGUCCCAGGUGGUACAUGACUGUUGUAUUGGGCAGCUCCUAGCAGAUAAACACCAGGGUCAUUCUCCUAGUUCUAGCCAUGAUGUGUAUUUGAAUCAGAACUGGGAUGUAGCUCUACUGAAUCACCAUUGACUCUACAGUGAAAUCAUAGCUGGCACUUAUAUUUAUUUUCUUGUAGUCAUGUUAAAACCAGUACUUUUCAGUUCUGCUCAUAGGGAUAUUUGUCAGUGUGAAGAGACAGUUUUAGUAUCAUAACUUAGGGAUGCUACUGACAGAGGUUGGGGUGCUCUUCAGCACUCUGCAUUGGAUAGCUUCCCCCAUCAAAGAAUAAAAAUGUCUAUCCCAUAAUGCCAGUAGUGCCAAGACUUCAUAAUCCUGUGUCCACUUAUCCUGUAGCACAGUGGAUCUUAUCUUCUUAAUCUGCCCAGUUACUAUGAUAUAUUAAAAAUUAGUGGCUGUCUUAUUUUGAUUAUUAAAAAUUAAUUUCUUAAGAUUUA